AUACCCUGUUCCAGUUGAAGUUCACGGCGAAGCAGCUGGAGAAGCUGGCCAAGAAGGCGGAGAAGGACUCCAAGGCAGAGCAGGCCAAAGUGAAGAAGGCCCUUCAGCAGAAAAAUGUAGAGUGUGCCCGUGUGUAUGCCGAGAACGCCAUCCGCAAGAAGAACGAAGGUGUGAACUGGCUUCGGAUGGCGUCCCGCGUAGACGCAGUGGCCUCCAAGGUGCAGACGGCCGUGACCAUGAAGGGGGUGACCAAGAACAUGGCCCAGGUGACCAAAGCUCUGGACAAGGCCCUGAGCACCAUGGACCUACAGAAGGUCUCCUCGGUGAUGGACAGGUUCGAGCAGCAGGUGCAGAACCUGGAUGUCCACACGUCGGUGAUGGAGGACUCCAUGAGCUCGGCCACCACGCUGACCACACCGCAGGAGCAGGUGGACAGCCUCAUCAUGCAGAUCGCUGAGGAGAAUGGCCUGGAGGUGCUGGACCAGCUCAGCCAGCUGCCCGAGGGCGCCUCUGCCGUGGGCGAGAGCUCUGUGCGCAGCCAGGAGGACCAGCUGUCACGGAGGUUGGCCGCCUUGAGGAACUAGCCGUGCCCCGCCGCAGUGCACCACCUCUGCCCCGUGGUGUGCUGGAAGGUUCCUGUCCUCUCCCCACCACGUCUUGCCUUUGUGCUGGCCCUGCGGAGCUGUGACCGGCAGCCACUCUGUGUGUCUCACCUGCCAGGCCUGCGUGGCCUCAGGGUGUUCCUGUUCCUUUAGGUUGGGCGGUGGGUCUGCGUCCUGGUGUUGAGUUUCUGCAAAUUUGUGGGGGUGAUUUCUGUGACUCUGGGCCCACAGCGGGGAGGCCAGCAGGGGCCCUGUGGACUUUUACCCAGCACUGUGGGGGCCUUCAGACUCUGGGGCAGCAGACAUGCUGCUUCCUCAUCAGCCAGAGGGGGUCAGGGCUACCCUGUUGCCAAGCAACUCCCUGAGGCCUCUCCACACCCCCUCAGCGGGCAGGAGGUCCCACCAUGUGCACAGACAUAGUCCAAGGAGGUACCACAGGCCUGUGUGUGCUGGGGGAUGUCAGGUGCCACCCCGCGCCAUCCUGGUGGCAUUUACAAUGACACCCUCCUCCUCCGUGAUUCCAGGAGUGCGGUCUCGGCUGCCCCUACCAGCUGGCUGAGCCCCCUGGCCUCCUGCGCUCCCUCAGUUCCUAAAGCUGCCCAGUCCAUGGGGACAGAACUGUCACCCAGAUCCACAUCCAACCAUGGCCGGGUGGGGGCUGCCUCAGUCCUGUCCUCUUGGGCACUGGGGAGAGGGGCCUGUUCAUCUUUUUCCUAGAAUGCUGUUGUAAAUAAACAAAUGGAUCCCUGGAAA